AUGGUUUUAGACCUAGAUCUAUUCAGAGCCGAUAAAGAUGGUGAUCCAGAUAAAAUUCGUGAGAAUCAACGCAAGCGGUACAAGGAUGUGGCACUCGUGGAUACUGUAGUGGAACAAGACACACUUUGGAGAAAGUUGCGUCAUGAUGCGGAUAAUUUAAAUAAACUGAAAAAUGUGUGCAGUAAAGAAAUUGGGUUAAAGAUGAAAAACAAAGAGCCAGUCGGGCCUGAAGAUGAUCCUGUUCCAUCUGAAGUAGCAGAUAACCUUAUUAAUAUUUCUAAUGAACAGCUAAAGCCAUUGACAGUUAAUCAAAUUAAGAAGGUCCGUGUCCUAAUUGACGAAGCUAUUACAAAAAAUGAACAAAACCUUUUAGCUGCUGAGAAGCUUCGUUCAUCUGCCUUAAGGGAGGUUGGUAACCAUCUGCAUGAAUCUGUACCUGUUGAUGAUGAUGAAGAUCAUAAUGCUGUAGAAAGAACCUUUGGUGACUGUACCAUGAAGAAAAAUUACUCUCAUGUUGAUCUUAUAUGCAUGAUUGAUGGUAUGGAUGGUGAAAGAGGGUCUGCUGUAGCUGGUGGUAGGGGAUACUACCUUAAAGGCCCAGCUGUAUUUUUAGAGCAAGCUUUAGUACAAUUGUCCCUAAGAAUUUUAUUUCACAAAGGGUACACUCCAUUGUAUACCCCAUUCUUUAUGAGAAAAGAGGUGAUGCAAGAAGUAGCUCAACUUGCACAAUUUGAUGAAGAACUUUACAAAGUAAUUGGAAAGGGUUCUGAAAACAAAGGAGACAACAGCAUUGAUGAGAAGUAUUUGAUUGCGACAUCAGAACAACCAAUUGCAGCCUACCACCGGGAUGAGUGGCUCCCAGAAUCUACAUUACCUAUUAGGUAUGCUGGUAUAUCAACAUGUUUUAGACAAGAGGCUGGUUCUCAUGGACGUGACACACGAGGUAUAUUCAGAGUUCAUCAAUUUGAAAAGAUAGAACAGUUUGUCCUGACAUCCCCACAUGAUAACAAAUCUUGGGAGAUAAUGGAGGAAAUGAUAAGCAAUGCUGAGAACUUUUAUAAAACACUAGGCAUUCCAUAUAGAGUGGUUAACAUAGUGUCUGGGGCACUCAACCAUGCAGCUUCUAAAAAGCUGGAUUUAGAAGCUUGGUUCCCCGGAUCAGGAGCAUUUAGAGAGUUAGUUUCCUGCAGUAAUUGUUUGGAGUACCAGGCCAGGAGAUUGCUUGUUCGGUAUGGUCAAACAAAGAAAAUGAAUGCAGCAACAGAGUAUGUGCACAUGCUCAAUGCAACAAUGUGUGCCACUACACGAGUUAUUUGUGCUUUACUUGAAGUACACCAAACUGAGGAUGGAAUUCAGGUACCAGAUGCAUUAAAACAAUGGAUGCCAGAACAGUAUCAAGAAAUAAUACCAUUUGUGAAACCAGCGCCUAUUGAUUUAGAAGCUGCAGCUGCCGCCAAAAAAGGAAAGAAGAAAUAA